GCGGUGGCGGCCGGCAUGGGCGAUGGGGGCGCGGAGCGCGACCGCGGCCCGGCACGCCGGGAGUCGCGCGGCGGGCGCGGCGGGGACCGCGGCGGAGCGGAGGACUCGGGCGCCGAUGCCGGCCGCCGCAGCCCAAGGGAGAUUGCGGGGACCUCCGCCUCUAGCCCCGCGGGCUCCAGAGAGAGCGGCGACAGCGACGGCCAGCCCGGGCUCGGAGAGGCAGACCACUGCCGCCGCAUCCUGGUGCGAGAUGCCAAAGGGACCAUCCGGGAGAUUGUCCUGCCUAAGGGUUUGGACCUGGACCGACCCAAGCGGACCCGCACAUCCUUCACGGCUGAGCAGCUGUACCGCCUGGAAAUGGAGUUCCAGCGCUGCCAGUAUGUGGUGGGCCGAGAGCGCACCGAGCUGGCCCGCCAGCUGAACCUCUCCGAGACCCAGGUGAAGGUCUGGUUCCAGAACCGCCGCACCAAGCAGAAGAAAGACCAGAGCAGAGACCUGGAGAAGCGGGCGUCCUCCUCGGCCUCCGAGGCUUUUGCCACAUCCAACAUCCUGCGGCUGCUGGAGCAGGGCCGGCUGCUGUCUGUGCCUAGGGCCCCCGGCCUCCUGGCGCUGACCCCUGGCCCACUGGGCCUGCCUGCCGGCCACAGGGGCACCUCACUGGGUGACCCCAGGAACUCCUCCCCGUGCCUCAACCCACUGACCUCAACGUCGGCAUCCCCACCCCUGCCACCCCCUCCACCGGCCCUCUGCUUUUCCACUGCCCCACUCCGGGACCUGUCUGCCUGCUAUGAACUGGGCUCCUCGGCCUUCGCGCCCUACAGCAGGCUAGAACGGAGAGUGGGCAGCCCCAGCGGCAGCGGCGGUGACAAGAAAGCCAACAUUUAAGCCUCCACCUCCCUGCGACACCGAGUCCCCAAGCACGGCACCACCCCUGCCUCCCCUGUCCCAUGGACUGCCCUGAGCAGGCUCCCAGAGAGGCGGGCAGCCUCACAUCUGGCCCCACCUGCCUUUCAACUCAGAGACUGUUGCCCAGAAGGCCUUGGUCCCGCAGCUUGUGUGUGCGAGUGCAGUGUGUGUGUGUGUGCCUCUCACUAAAAUAAAAGGAAAACAAUGACAA